GUGUGUGUGUGUGUGUGUGUUUUAAAGGCUCUCUUACAACUGAUGUCUUUUAACGAUCCAAGUGUUGGGAAGAGAAUAGGGUAAUAAGAUGCAUGAAGUUUAGGACGAGUUGAUGCCUUUGGAUGCACUUGAAGUGUUAUCUUUAAAGCAAUCGAAAUCAUUCGAGUGUUUGUUUCCCCUCCCCACUGGCUGGAAUGGGAAAAUAAGAAUCUCCUUGGACUGGAGUCCUCCGGGCUAGGAAGUGAAAGCCCCGGAGGCAGAAAGGGACGGAGAGGAGGGGUUUGCCCAGAGCAUGGACGGGAACAGAGAAGGGGUUCUGCGGGGCUCAGCGCGCACUGAGGAUCGGUGCCCGGGGCUGCAGCUGCGGACGAGAAGGGCGCUGUCUGGCUGAUGAAGGCCACCUGGGUCAGGCUUCUGAAACGCGCCAAGGGAGGAAGGCUGAAGAAUUCGGACAUCUCUGGUUCGGCAGACUCCUACACCAGCCGUCCCUCCGAUUCAGAUGUUUCUUUGGAGGAAGAUCGGGAGACGGUGCGCAGAGAAGCACGACGACAGGCCCAGGCCCAGCUGGAGAAAGCAAAGACAAAGCCCGUUGCAUUUGCAGUCCGGACAAAUGUCAGCUAUAGCGCAGCCCAUGAAGACGACGUCCCAGUGCCAGGCAUGGCCAUCUCAUUCGAAGCAAAAGAUUUUCUGCAUGUUAAGGAAAAAUUUAACAAUGACUGGUGGAUAGGGCGAUUGGUUAAAGAAGGCUGUGAAAUCGGAUUCGUUCCAAGCCCAGUCAAGCUCGAGAAUACGAGGCUGCAGCACGAACAGAGAGCCAAGCAAGGGAGGUUCUACUCCAGUAAAUCAGGAGGAAAUUCAUCAUCCAGUUUGGGUGACAUAGUACCUAGUUCCAGAAAAUCUACACCUCCGUCAUCUGCUAUAGACAUAGAUGCUACUGGCUUAGAUGCAGAAGACAAUGAUAUUCCAGCAAACCACCGCUCCCCUAAACCCAGUGCAAACAGUGUAACGUCACCCCACUCCAAAGAGAAAAGAAUGCCCUUCUUUAAGAAGACAGAGCACACCCCUCCUUAUGACGUGGUCCCUUCUAUGCGACCUGUGGUCCUGGUGGGCCCCUCUCUGAAGGGGUACGAGGUCACAGAUAUGAUGCAAAAGGCAUUGUUCGAUUUUUUAAAACACAGAUUCGAAGGGCGGAUUUCCAUCACAAGGGUCACCGCUGACAUCUCGCUGGCCAAACGCUCUGUCUUGAACAAUCCCAGUAAACAUGCCAUAAUAGAAAGAUCCAACACAAGGUCAAGUUUAGCGGAAGUUCAGAGUGAAAUUGAAAGGAUUUUUGAACUUGCAAGAACAUUGCAACUGGUGGUCCUUGAUGCAGAUACUAUUAAUCAUCCAGCCCAGCUUAGUAAAACCUCUCUGGCCCCUAUUAUAGUGUAUGUCAAGAUUUCUUCUCCUAAGGUUUUACAAAGGUUAAUAAAAUCUCGAGGGAAAUCUCAAGCUAAACACCUCAAUGUUCAGAUGGUAGCAGCAGAUAAGCUGGCUCAGUGCCCUCCGGAGCUGUUCGAUGUGAUUCUGGACGAGAACCAGCUCGAGGACGCCUGCGAGCACCUCGCCGACUACCUGGAGGCCUACUGGAAGGCCGCCCACCCGCCCUGCAGCAGUGGCCCCGACCCGCUCCUCAGCCGGACCUUGGCCACCUCGACCCUGCCCAUCAGCCCCGCUCUGGCCCCCAGCUCACAGGCGUCUCAAGGGGAUCCGAGGACGGAUCGCGUGGCCGCCACCCAUUCUGCUUCCCAAGCUGAAGAAGAACCCUGCCCAGACCCAGUCAAGAAACCCCAGCACCACAGCCAUCGCAGCGGGGCCAGCCGCGGCCUCUCCAGGCAGGAGACCUUGGAUUCAGAAACGCAGGAGAGUCGCGACUCCGCAUACGCGGAGCCCAAGGAAGAUUAUUCCCACGAACAUGCAGACCACUGCGCCCCGCACCGAGAUCACAGCCACAGAGAGGAACCCCACGGGGGUGGGGAGCGCAGACACAGGGAGUCUCGGCACCGCUCCCGGGACCCGGAUCGAGAGCAGGACCACAACGAGGGCGACAAACAGUGGAGCCGCCACAAAUCCAAGGAUCGCUGCUGUGACAGGGAGGGGGAAGGGGUGUCCAGGAGACGGCAUGAGGCUGGGGACUGGAACAGGGAGGUUUACAUCCGCCAGUGACUUUUGCCCUUUUGUGUCGUUGGUUUUCUUAUUUUUAAGUCUUGUAUACCACCACCCUCCAACUCAAUCUUGGGGGUCUACAUUGCAAUCAUAUGUGAUCUGUCUUGUAUAUUUUGUACUGCUGUUGCUUGGAUAGCAACAGCAU